GCACCGCGCAGCAGCCGCUUCCCUGAACCGGGAGCCGCAAACGUUUCCUCUUCCCAUCUUUUAACUCUUUACUCACCACCAGGAGUUUCAGUGGAGGACUAUCGUAUGUCCGGCGGGCGGCGGCAGACUCGUGAGUGUGUGUGUGUGUACACUUGGAGCUAUAAGUGGGUCAUUGUGUUGACCACAGGAAGGAGGAAGAGGGCAGGAUUGGGAAAGGGGGGCCGAAACUACCUGAAGCAAUCCCAGGAAGAGUGCCUUCACACUCCCAUGCAGGUAACGUGAUACUCCCCUACCUUACCCUACCCUACCCUACCCUACAGAGUACACACCUUUCCCUGCUCUCCUCCAGUGCUCUGAUCUGGCUAGGUGUGCAUAGGUAAAAGGAGGGAAGGAGCGCUGGUUGGCUUGCUUGAUUGGCUUGCCCUGGUUUUUGAAGACCUGCUUGGAAAAACACAUGGUCUACACCUGAUGACAAGACACUUGGAUUUUUACCGUCUGUGAACUUUUGCAAGGCAACAGCGUGUUGGUUUUACGGUAGUCUUUGAAGAACAAACACCAGAACAGACAGGUGUGCCUUUGGGGAGAGUCAACCCACCACCAUCGCAUUCCUAUCCCCUGCUGACCUCCACUACAAGAGGGAUCCUCCAAUCACAGCACUGCCCCUGUACCAUUGACCUUUGACCUCUUGACCCUUGUGACCUCUUGACCUGUCUACCUGAGGAACUCUUCCAUUCUUCACAAACGCAGCCCCCAGGCUCCCUAGAGCCGUGGCUAUGGUUACUGAUUCUCCAUCUUUUGGUGCUCCCGUGGUUACCUGCAUCCAUCUCUGUGGUAGAGGUGAAUAGAGGAGAGCUUUUGUUGAUGCGGUGCAAAUAGAGCAACACCACUGAUCCGCUGACGUGCUUUUACACCAUUCCAAAACGUAAACAUUGACAAACCAAGUCCUUUUGAUACCACACUUCUCCACUCAUCUACUGUGGUAACACCUGCGCUGCACAGAUGACAUAGCGUUUAAUCCGAGGAUCUUUAGAACAUCGUCCUCUGUGCCACUGAAGGUUGUGACUAAGAUAGGAGGUCCUAUUGUAUUGGUAAUGUGGAGCUUGUGAGACGUCACAAACUGGGAAAUUACCUGUGUGCCACCAGAUAAGGAUUGUGACCUUUGAACUUUGGGCCUUGAGACUAAACACACUUGGGUCACUUGGACAACUGCACCUCUCUGUCUUCUCUCCUAUUCUGAUCUCCAUCCCCCUCCACCUGGAUCGUGAUGGAGCCUGAGUCUCCAAGCCUGUCUAUGCGCUCGGCCGGCUCUCGUCUGUCGGGGGCGCUCACGAGUGAUGGCGAGUCCUUCCAGAGCGCCGCCACCAGCCUGCCCCCCUGCACACACUUCCUGUCCGCCAACGUCAUCUGCGUGGUGGAGAAAUGCAUGAGCUCCAUGCAGGUGGGCUCCCAGAUGGUGAAGCUGCGCGGCGGGAGCUCUAAGGGCCUGGUCCGAUACUUCUUCCUGGACGACAACAAGUCCUGCAUCCGCUGGAGACCCUCACGCAAGAAUGAGAAGGCCAAGAUCUCCAUCGACUCGAUCCGCGAGGUGUGCGAGGGCAACGUGUCGGAGGUGUUCCAGCGCCACGCGGACUGCUGCUUCGACCCCAACUGCUGCUUCAGCAUCUACUACGGGGAGCACAUGGAGUCUCUGGACCUGGUGUCGGGCACGGCCGAGGAGGCCCGCACCUGGAUCACCGGCCUCAAGUACCUGAUGGCCGGCAUCAGCGACGAGGACAGCCUGGCCAAGAGGCAGAGGACACGAGACCAGUGGCUGCAGCAGACGUUCAAGGAGGCGGAUAAGAACGGCGACAACAACCUGAGCAUCAGCGAGGUGCUGCAGCUCCUGCACAAGCUCAACGUCAACCUGCCGCGACAGAAGGUCAAGCAGAUGUUCAAGGAGGCGGACACGGACGACAACCAGGGCACGCUGGGCUUCGAGGAGUUCUGCUCCUUCUACAAGAUGAUGUCGACGCGGCGCGACCUUUACCUGCUCAUGCUCACCUACAGCAACCACAAGGACCACAUGGACACCAGCGACCUCACGCGCUUCCUCGAGACCGAGCAGAAGAUGACCAAGGUGACCAAGGAGCAGUGUAUGGAGAUUGUGGCCAAGUUUGAGCCCUGCCCUGAAAACCAGAAGCAAGGGGUGCUGGGGAUCGACGGCUUUACCAACUACAUGCGCAGUCCGUCGGGGGACAUCUUCAACGCGCAGCACUACGAGGUCAAUCAGGACAUGAGCCGGCCGCUCUGUGACUACUUCAUCGCCUCCUCGCACAACACCUACCUGAUGGGGGAUCAGCUCAUGUCACAGUCACGCGUCGACAUGUACGCCUGGGUGCUGCAGGCUGGCUGCAGAUGUGUGGAGGUGGACUGCUGGGAUGGACAGGAUGGGGAGCCUAUUGUGCACCAUGGCUACACACUGACUUCCAAAAUCCUCUUCAAAGACGUCAUUGAGACCAUCAACAAAUACGCUUUCGUCAAAAACGCGUACCCCGUGAUCCUGUCCAUAGAGAACCACUGCAGCAUCCCGCAGCAGAAGAAGAUGGCCGAGUACCUGAUGGAGGUCAUGGGGGAGAAGCUGGACCUGUCCUCCGUCAUGCCAGACGAGUCGGGACGCCUGCCCUCCCCAGAGGCACUCAAGGGCAAGAUCCUCGUCAAGGGUAAGAAGCUCCCCCCUAACAUUGACGAGGAUGCUGAGGAGGGAGAUGUGUCCGAUGAGGACAGUGCUGAUGAAAUAGAGGACGACUGCAAACUCAUGAAUGGAGAUACGUCCAUGAGCCGUAAGCAGGUUGAGAACAUGGCCAAGAAGAAGCUGGACAACCUGAUGAAGGAGUCCAAGAUCCGCGAUAGGGAGGACCCCGACAGCUUCGCCAUCUCAGCACUGCCCCCCUCGGGCAAGAAGGAGAAGAGCAAGUCCCCGCACAAGUCCCCACACAAGAAGGACAGUAAGCUGGAGGACAGUGCUGACACCACAGCAGACGAGGCCAACGCCAGCAGCACCAACAAACGCACCGGACGCUCCUUCAUGGGCAGCUUCUCCAAACGCAAAAAAAAGUCAACAAAAAUGAAGAAGUCGAACAGCUUUGAGGACACGGACACAGACCAGGAGAGCUCCAGCAGUGCAUCAAAAGCACCCCUCUAUCACAGCAGGAUGCUGCGUUCCUUCAGCACGAACCGUGCCUUCGGCAAGAACCGUGCCUCAAUCUCAGAUCGCUUGAGGCGAUCCACGACCACACGGUUCGCCACCAUGAAAGCUCAGAGGAAGAAGAAGACGAUGAAGUUGUCAAGAGCUCUGUCCGACCUGGUCAAGUACACCAAGUCAGUUGGCCUGCAGGACAUAGAGGCACAAGCAGCAACCUGCAGUUGGCAGGUGUCGUCCAUGAGCGAGACCAAGGCCAGCCAGAUCCUCCAGCAGCGGCCGGCCCAGUUCAGCCACUUCAACCAGCGCCAGCUGUCCCGCAUAUACCCCUCCUCCUACCGCGUAGACUCCUCCAACUUCAACCCACAGCCCUUCUGGAAUGUCGGGUGCCACCUGGUGGCUCUGAACUACCAGUCUCAGGGCCGUGCUCUCCAGCUCAACCAAGCCAAGUUCUACAGCAACGGCAACAGUGGAUACGUCCUCAAGCCUGACUGCAUGUGCCAAGGUGACUUUAACCCCAUGCUGGAGGACCCUGUGCAGGGCCGGCUGAGGAAACAGCUGGUUCUGAAGAUCAUUAGUGGACAGCAGCUGCCCAAACCCAAAGACUCCAUGCUGGGAGACCGAGGAGAGAUCAUUGACCCUUUCGUGGAGGUGGAAGUGAUUGGUCUUCAAGUCGACUGUUGUAAGGAACAAACACGAGUUGUGGAUGACAACGGGUUUAACCCGAUGUGGGAGGAGACUCUGGUGUUCACACUGAGCAUGCCCGAGCUGGCUCUGGUCCGCUUCCUGGUGUGGGACCACGAUCCGAUUGGCCAGGACUUCAUUGGCCAGAGGACCAUCGCCUUCAACAGCAUGCUGCCAGGCUACCGUCAUGUCUAUCUUGACGGCAUGGAGGAGGCAUCCAUAUUUGUGCAUAUAGCUGUGAAUGACAUCACUGGUAAGGCGCGGGCAGCCAGCGGCAUAAAAGGCCUGUUUCACAGAAACCCAAAGCAGGCUUCUCUGGACAGCCAUGCUGCUGCGCUGCUCAGCCGUAAGUCGGCCUUCGGGGCGCACCUGCUGCGCCGCACCGCCAGCGCCCCAUCCAAGGCCCCGCCGGGAGGGGCCAAGCCUCCUGUUUCCGGGGGCCCCCCACACACCCCCACGCCCUCGCCAGCCUUCCCCGAUCUCCCCGCACACACCACCACCUCCACCACCACCAAAGAGCAGCAGGCGGCGGCUGGGGCCAGUGGGUCUGACGUGAGUCCUGGGGCCGGGGCCGGGGCUGGAGCAGGAGCAGGAGCCAGGGCGGACCCGUCCGGAGGCCCAGCAGGGGCAGCAGCGGCGGCAGGAGGGGCAGCAGCCUCGCACCCCUGGGGAGGCACCAACGGCCAGAUGCACGCGGACGACGGCAAAGAACUGAACUCCAUCCAGCGAUUCCUCUCUGUUCACCCAACCCAGCUGGACUCUAUCUCUGAGGAGCACAGUGACAAACCGCUCCCCACCUCCCCUAAUUGCUCCACCUCCUCCACCUCCUCCUCCUCCUGCACCUCCUCCCCGUCGCGUCCCCUCCUCCCCUUGCCUGUCUCUCCCUCCGACCAGGACCAACCGGGCCCGGGCCCAAACCCUCAGGAGGGGGGGACCUGCUCUCCAUCCCCUUUGUGUGCUGACACACCACCAAGCAGCCAGGGGGCGACAGAGACACCAGACACCCUCGUCACCCCUGCUCAACCACAGUCGUCUGCCAGCAGCAUGCAGGUGCCAGGUGAGGAUCAUGGGAAGGCCAUGGUGGCGAGGACAGACGACGGUGACAGUGACGACGAGUGCGCCUCCCCCACACAGCGGGUGAACGCCCUGCGCGCCAUGUUCGACCAGCAGGGGCCGCCAAAGCCGCUGACGAGGGCGAACACGCUGGCGCACACGCCCGUCAGACGCACGCGCAGCGAGGGGCAGGUGCGCGGCGGAGGCGCAGUGUCCUCCGGCGACGGCACGUCUCUGGCGACGCCCACUCCCGAGGUGGUGAUGGACGCCACGCUGUGCGAUCGCCUGUGGAGCGCGCUGGACGCCGGCAGCCACCGAGACAGCGUCUCCUCCUCCUCCUCCAUCUCCUCCAACGACACCGUCAUCGACCUCUCCCUGCCCAACCUGGCCUCCUCGCGCUCCCCGCGCCCCUGCCCUGCGCCUCCCGCCAACACCCCCCACCACCACCACCUCCACCACGCCGUGCGGUCCUCUCCUCUCCGGCACCCCUACGCCUCCAUGCACCAUACCGCCCAGCAAGACACUCCGCGCCCAGUCUCAAAGUCCAAGUCCAACCCCAACCUGAGACGGGAAGAGGAGGAGCUGGACGACGAGCUGAGGCCGCGCCCCCUGUCCAGGGAGCCCCGCCCGUCUCCGUCCGACGUCCCGCCCAUGAUGCAGCGUCGCCACACGUGGAGCCGCCUCUACAUGGAGGGUCUGAAGCAGGCCAGCGCUGCGGCUGCGGCCUCCGCGUCCGCGCGCCGACCUCCUCCUCCACCGACCCUGCCCAAGCCCUCCUUCGUCUCCCCCGCCACCGCCCCCUCCUCUCCGCCCGCUGCCCCGCUGGAGUCGGCCGCCGCCAAAUCCAAAAGCCUGGGCGACUUGACGUCGGACGACAUCGCGUGCCACUUUGAGAGCAAGUACCGCAGCAUCAGCCGCAGCUUCCUGUGCCGACCGCCGCCCCGCGCCGACCAGCGCCGCCUCGGAUUGGGUGGUUCCGCCACCGCCGCCGGUGGCCUGUCGUCCAAGAAGACCAAGUCGAGCAACGACCUCACCGAGCAGCUGAGGCGGCUGACGGACGUGGAGCCGCUGACGUCCAGCGACUUCACCCAGAGGCCGCUGCGAGGAGCGGAGGAGGAGGGCUCCGACGCCGGGGGGGAGGGGGGAGAGUGGGAUCAGCAGCAGCAGCCACCGCCGCUGCGCCGCAUGUCCUCGCGCAGCCAGAGCCGCGUGCGUUACAUCGCCAACCGCGCCAAGCAGGCCCAGGAGCGCCAGCGCAUGCAGCAAGGGCUGCUGGGAUUGCCGCGGGGCGGCGUGAUGGGCGGUAUGGGAGGUAUGGGCGGUAUGGGGGGUAUGGGAGGUGGGCUGCUGGAGGAGAGGGGUAACCCCGAGGGGGCCUGCUCCGUGGUGGCCCGUAGCCCUUGCUCCAGUGCCGACAUCCUGCUCAGCCAGCUCCCACCUGGACCUCCGUCGCCACGCCAGACCCACCACCAUCAGGCCCCCUACCACCACCACCAGACCCAAGACGACCGUACCUUGCCCCUGCCCCUGCCCCCGACCCUGAUCCAGGCUCAGAUACACACCCAAACCCAAACCCCACCCCAGUCCCCAAACCAAACCCAGAUCCAGGCCCAGAACCAGACCCAGAGCCAGAGCCCGCUCGGUCCACAGGACAAUGGAAUGUUCUUCAUGCUUAAACUCUGACAGCCGGACAGAACCGUGAGACUUGACGAAAACAAUAGACACAGUCUUCUCCACAGAGCUGAGUUGAGCUGAGCUGAGCUGAACUGGGGUCCGUUUCUCGAUUCUUGUCGUUGCUAACCGUCUUAAGACCGUCUUAAGACCGUCUUACCACUCCCUUGGAUUUAGUGGUGAGCGUCGCUGUCGAGAGAGAGUUGAGUCGCUCUUACGAAGGACGUUGCUACCGUCGUUAGCAAAGACGCUUUCCAGAUACGGACCCCUGAACUGAACUGAACUGAACUGAUAUCUGAACUGUACAUUUGGACAGAAAUAAAGCACAAUCCUAUUAUUGUACUGAGUACUAUGAUGAGUACUAUAAUGAUGAUUAUUAUUAGUCUUUUUAAGAAAGAUAUCAUCCAGUUCCUUGAAGCAAUGAAAAAAGUGGUUGUAUUUUUUUCGUUUUUAGGUCUUUCUUUUUUGUAAAGAAGCUGUAUAUGUUGGAGUCUGUUGAAAAGUUUUGUCCUUUGUUUUGAAGCACUCAAAAGGCCACUGCUUCUGAGCAAUUUAACAUGAACUACUUGACCAGUCGGCCCGCUGUUCCGUGGAUGUUGCAAGAUGUCUUGGAUUUUAUCAUGAAUGCCACAAACAAUGAAUCAGUGGCUAUGCAGUCCUGUCUUAAGUCAACUGCUGUACAAAAAUCACUGCUGUAAAGUGCACGCAUUAUCUUUCUUACUGCCUAGCCAAGUCACUUUGUAGAAAACCAUUAUGAAACAAACGUUCAAAAAAAAAAAACAUUGUUAGCACCUCUGCUAGCUAUGAUACUUUCUCUCACUGCUACACCAAGUUACCAUUGCUCACUCUAAUAUGGGGUAGUAAGGAUCAAAAACUGUUCUGGGGGGUUGGAGUCGUUUAUGUGGUGCUGCUUUGUCCCACCUUGUAGCAUUGAGAAGGGAACCAGUGCCUCACCCUCCACCUUCCAGUACAGGCAUCUCUUCUGUCUACGGCAUAACAAACUUUGCUAGCUCUUUGUGCUUAGCCUUGUAAUGUUCUGUAGAUCUUCUAUGUUUUUAGCAAUAUUUUCAAACAACUUUGUGAAUGCAUUUUAAAACUUGUGAAUGCAUUUUUAAAACAUGCUCUGUUGGUAUUGGUGAGAUUUUAUGUAUAUUCUGUUGAGGAGAAAGCUUGAAUGUUUGUUUGUUUGUUUGUUUAUUUUGCAACAGAUGCAUUGUUUUAUGGAAUAGCUGUCUUUUAAAGUGAGAUUUUAUAUACAGACAAACAGCAAACAGCGUGGCAGCCUGAGCUUUAACUUUAACAAACUGUAGGUAGUAGUAAUGCACGUCGAUACCAGGCUCUGCAACGGUCAAUCAGCGAAUGUUCAGGAUUUUUAAUGUUUGUUUUUGCACCUAGAUUGCCACUUUUUAAAGAGGGACUGCAUGUUUGGAAUGCACCCAGGCCUCUUUUGGUACGGGAACGUUUUUAAAGAACGCCCUCAUACAUCAGUGUCACUGUUUUCCCAGUGUUGCCAUGGCAAUCCAUGCCUAUGCACACCAAUGAUGAUGACGUGGCCACGGAGGAUUUGUCAACUUUUUUUAUUAUUAUUAUUCUCACCUUUUCUUUAUUAUUAUUUUUUUCUCCGUUUUUUUUUAGUUGUAUUUUUUUUAGAAGCAAUUGAACUGGAACCCUACACAGUAAAUCUUUGUUGUGUUAAUUUGAACACUUGGAGAGUUGAAACUACUCGCUAAGUCUUGAAUUAGCACGUCAACUUGCGCUGUGUUAGGGAAGCUGGGUAACAGUUUACAAUAACUACCCAAAAAAGCUUUAUAAACACUUUAUAGAUAAUCAACUAAUUAUAAACAAAAUGUUUACAACUGUUUAUAAAUGGGCAAGAAAUAAAUUAACACAACAGACACAUCUGUCCUGGAAGUUUAUCCUCCAAAGAGCAGAAGGCAUGAAACCACAUAAAACUCACACAGUAGAAGUUGAUUCCCAUUCCACUGUGCUGUCGUAGUUUGGUUCUUUCUCAUUUACAAAUAUUUGUAAAUGCUUUGUUAAAUGUUGAUUAUAUUAUUAACUGUUAAUAAAGUGUUUAUUAAGCUUGUUUGGGGUAGCUAUUGUAAAGUGUUAGCGGAAGCUGUUGGAAAGCAGUAUUCAGAUGCUAUGUGCUGUCUGACACUGUACUGUUGUAACUGUACUGACUUAUAUCAGGCCAGAGGGUGGUAGGGACGGUAUUUAAGUAAACGCGAAAUGUAAUUAGA